CUUACUUUUUCAUACCCUAACUAUCACAUCAUACCUUUUUACUAAUAAUUUAUCCAUCAAAUCAUACUUUUACCCAUCACAUCAAAGGACAUUUUUGGAAAUUCAAUACCAAAAUACACUCCCUUAAAUCCCUCCUAAAAAGCAAAUGUCCCAUGGUCUUUUUUGGGAGUGUUUAUUGCAUGGAUGUAAAGAAGUUGCAUGUGUAAAAAAACGCACACAACCAACUUUUUAAUCUCUUCAUAUAUAUAUAUAUGCUAAAAGCACAUACAAAAUAAAAAGAGUAAAACCCCAAGAAGCAGGAAAAAGAAAAGAUGACAGCCAAGCAGAUCCAACAAGUGCACUCCACAACACCACAGGUGGCAGAAGAACUGAGGAAGAUGAUUGACACAGGUUUUCCAAUGCUGGCAAUGGGAUUGAUAAGUUACCUGAAAAACAUGAUACUAGUAAUGUGCAUGGGAAGGUUAGGGAGUUUGGAGCUGGCAGGUGGUGCUCUGGCCAUUGGCUUCACUAAUAUCACUGGCUACUCACUCUUGUCUGGUCUAGCCUUGGGAAUGGAACCACUCUCUAGCCAGGCUUUUGGCUCAAAGAACUUCAACAUGCUUUCCCUAACCCUACAAAGAACAAUUGCCAUGCUACUCGUCGUGUCUUUACCAAUUUCCAUCUUGUGGUUCAACUUGGAACCUCUCAUGCUAUGGCUCCACCAAGAUCCAAUGAUUAUACACACCGCAGCCGUUUUUUGCCAGUUUGCGAUGCCUGACCUUGUUGCGAAUAGCUUCCUUCACCCAUUGCGCAUCUACUUACGCUGCAAGGGAACAACGUGGCCACUCCUAUGGAGCACUUUACUCGCUACCCUCUUCCAUAUCCCGGUUGUUUUUUACUUGACUUUCACCCUUCGUCUUGGGAUAAAAGGAAUUGCAAUUUCUACUUAUGUUGCUAAUUUCAUUAACGUCCUCUUCCUUUUAGCCUACAUUUUUUAUACCAAGGAACAGAACGAGUCAACACUGAACAAACCACUAGCCACCACAAAUCUGAAACCUUCUGCUUCACUAGGAGAGGAAUGGAUGAUCCUACUUCGGCUUGCUAUACCAAGUUGUCUGGCCGUUUGUCUAGAGUGGUGGUGGUAUGAAUUCAUGACCCUUUUAGCAGGUUACCUUGAUAAACCUCAGGUCACGCUUGCAACAGCCGCGAUUGUGAUACAAACAACAUCUCUGAUGUACACAUUGCCUUCAGCACUUAGCAGCUCGAUUUCAAGCAGGGUUGGCAAUGAACUUGGAGCAGGAAGGCCAGGGAAGGCGAGAUUGGCAACAGAUAUAGCCAUUGUUAUGGCCUUUCUGGCAUCAACGUUUGGAAUCUUACUGACCACUUUAGGGAGAGAGGUUUGGGUCAAGAUAUUCACAACAGAUAGUGAAGUUCUUGAGCUGACAAUGACAGUUCUACCCAUCAUUGGACUGUGUGAACUGGCAAACUGCCCACAAACUACGUGUUGUGGGGUCCUUCGAGGGAGUGCCAGGCCUAAUAUUGGUGCAUUCAUCAACUUCUACUCUUUCUACGUGAUGGGUGCACCAUUGGCCAUCAUUUUGGCCUUUGUUUUGAGGCUUGGGUUUAAGGGUCUUUGUUACGGUCUGUUGGCAGCAGAAUUGGCAUGUGUGGUUUCAAUGUUAGUAGUGAUUUACAGAACGGAUUGGGAAAAAGAGUGGGCGAAAUCGAAAGAGUUGGUGGGGGCAAAUGGAGAAGCUUCUUAUGAAGACCUGAUCAUAAAAUACAAGGGAGAAGAGUUUAGGUUUUGUAUUGAAGAUGGAGUAGAUUUAGAAAAGUAAGACCAGGAUACCUGAAAAGGGAACAAAAAGAUUAAAUUUUGUAAUAUCAAUGUUUAGGCUAUAAUGUAUGUUAAUAUGUUUCCAUAUAUAUAACCUUUCUGUUCUCCAAAUGAAAAAAAAUAAAAUUACUACAUAAAUAAAAGAUUUGUACAUGA